AUGCUUCUUCCUCAAAAGGUGGCCAUUGUGGCCCUGACAGUAGCCCAUCUUGUCAAUGCCUCAUCAAAGCAAGAGCCCUCGUUUGCUCCCUCCCUCACUCGUUGGACAAACGGUCCUCACCUGGCCGUCGACUACUACCCUUCGCAAUGGCCAGAAUACAUGUGGGAACACGACAUCGCUCAAAUGUCCGAUGCUAACAUCUCAUUCGUGCGGAUCAACGAGUUUGACUGGGCCAUUUUAGAGCCUGCAGAGGGGCAGUACAAUUUCACUCUUCUGGAUAAGACGCUGCAUUUGCUGCAACGGUACCACCUCAAAGCGAUCAUCGGGACACCAACGGCAGCACCGCCUGACUGGCUCUACCAAAAUUAUGACAUCAGCUUUGUGGACUACACCAAUGCUACCAAGCUGUUCGGUUCGCGUCGAUACUAUAGCUCGUCCUCGCCUGACUAUCGUCGAAUGAGUCAGAGGAUUACGCAGAAACUGGCCGAACGGUAUGGCAAUCAUUCCGCUGUGGCGGGCUGGCAACUGGACAAUGAGUUUGGAUGCCAUGAUACCGUGCAGAGUUACGAUCACAAUGCUAUCAAGCGGUUCAGGACAUGGUUGAAGGGCAAAUACGGCACCAUCGACACCCUCAAUGCCGCCCAGGGCCGUGUGUUUUGGUCGAACCAGUAUACCAACUUCGAUGGGAUUCACCCCCCGUUCAUGGAAGUCUACACCCCCCCGCCUAGCCACCUUCUCGACUGGUACCGAUUCAGCUCGGACAUGAUGAUCGAGUUCGCGCAGGAGCAAUCGAAGAUCCUGCGACAGUAUGCACCAACACAUUUCAUCACCACGAACAUGAUGAUGGGCUUUCUCGAGUUCGACCAUUUCAAGUUCGCCCGCGAGGUGGGACUCGAUCUUGCCACGUUUGACGAAUAUCCACUUUCGGGGCCGAGUACCUUCUCGUGGCUCUCCCAAACAGAGCAGGCGGACUAUCUUUACAGUGGUCUGCCCGAUUGGCAGGCGCUGCAUCACGCCCUCUAUCGCGGCGUGGCGGGUGCGGCCUACAACAAAACAGCCGGCCCGUUUGGCAUCAUGGAGAUGCAACCCGGCGUCUUGAACUGGAGUCCCUACCGGGUGUCGCCCUUGAGCGGGAUGGUACGCCUCUGGACACACGAGACAUUCGCCGAUCUAGGAGACAUGGUGUCCUAUUUCCGCUGGCGUCAGGUUCCCUUUGGAGCCGAGCAAACCCUCUCCGGCUUAUUUACCUCCGACGAUGCCGCCGAUGAAGGCUUUCGCGAGGUGCAGGCCUUUGCGAACGAAGAUCUCCCGGUGUUGGUGGAAGCGCUCGAUACUGACCAAUACCAAGAAGAACAAGCGGAUGUGGCUCUCGUUUUCGAUUAUAUCUCCAGUCAAGUCUGGGACAUCGAGCCCUACAGUGGCACCUGGAGUCCUGACACGACCAGCUAUACAGGUACAGCGGUCAACUACCUGGACAUCGUCUACAAAUUCUACUCCGCGCUCCGCCGUCUGGGUGUUUCUGUUGACGUGAUCUCGCCGGACCAGCCCAUCCAAGGUUACGAAUUAGUUGUGGUGCCGAGUCUGCCCAUCAUUCCCAAGGCCUUCGAGCAGUCGUUGGCUGAAUACAGCGGGCCCGUCGUCCUGGGGCCACACACCGGCUCCCUUACAGAAACGUUCAGCUAUUUGCCCGGCCUCGCCCCCGCCACAGGACCGAUCCGCGACCGUCUUCCGAUGAAAGUAACUCGGAUAGAGACACCACCCGAUUACGCAGGCAACAGAGUCUCGUAUGCCGGCAAAACUUUCAACAUUUCCGGCUGGGAAGAGUGGGUAGUGUGCGCGCGGGACAACCGCACCAGUGCCGAGACCCUGAGGUAUGCUGCCCCGCACCGUGAAGGCAUGCCGGCGGGCUGCGCCAGCAACGGCUUCCACUACCUUGGCGUCAGUCCUACUAUUGAUCUUCUCCUGGCAUAUUUGGGCGAUGUCGCCAAGGAGGCGAAUAUUACCGACUUCGUGGGACGCCAGGUCAGCAGCGAUAGUGACCUAGGACCUAACCUGCGGUUUGCGCGGAGGGGAUCUCUGCUCUGGGGUUUCAACUACGGGUUGGAAUCUGCGAGUGUUCCUGCUAUUGAAGGAGCGAGGCUGUUGAUAGGUAAUAACGGGACUGAGAUCCCUUCGGCGGGUGUAGCUGUUUGGAGGCUGGUGAAUGAGGAUGCUUGA